CAAAAACUUAUCAACGAGUACAAAACGAACGGAUACAGUAAUAGGCAUCAUAUUAAAAGUCUUCUGAUCAUUCACGGACUGAAUAGUAAUGAGCGCGCUACAAUAACGCAUUACAUUACGAAAUUUAACAACUUGGUAAAUGUUCCCGCUAACGCCAACAACAAAGCAGUUGGACAAUAUGAACUUCCCGCAGCGACAAUUCCCAAAAAAGUUUCAAAACUUCUUGUAUUCUUCAUAAACGUUCGCAAAACUCACGUAGAAUACUUGUCACAAACCGGCUUGACAAUUCUGCUACAGAUUCAGUUUGAGCAAUUCAAUUUGGCACAAAAAUCACAUGCUCUUGAUUAUGAAAGUGAAUCAUACAUAUACUCAAUAACAAGAAGGAAUAUAUCGGUGAGAGCAUUUACAAACGCUGGAACAACAAACGCCACAACAACAGCAACCACUACCGCAGAAUCGAACAGCAAGCUGUCACAAUUAGCUACUUUCAAAACUGACAACCAAGCACAAGACUUAGUCACUAUACAAUCAAAAGAAACGGCAUAUAAAGAAACAUCAAAGUCAGCUACAACACUAUUCCCGCCAUCAAUAGCAAAAUUCAACUCAGAACAAAAAUUUGGGGGAGAUAUUAAGAGAUCGACUUCGCCACAACAACUGGAGCAACAGGCUAAAACAAAGGCGGUUUUUGAACGUAAACGUCGACGUAAAUGUAAAAACCAACGUUCCUGUUCCAUAGAUAACGUAAACAUAGCUGACACUAAAGACGAGAAAACUGAAACGGAUGACAAAGAACCAAUGUUAAGGACAGAUGUCGAAGUUUUUCAAGGAAAAAUCGUUUUCAACUUGGAUGGCCGAGCAUUCAUAAUCGCUACGGAAAAUUCGACACAGGAUUUGAUUUUUAAUGCAAAAACAGUACAAAAAACGACAGAAUCUAAGCAAUUACUGACUUCAAAUGCGGUUGAAACAAAUACUGCAACACAAAACUUAACAUCAACUACUGUAGCAACUACGACAAAAGCAAAAGCAACAUUGAGCACAAUAUCGCCAACGUUGGAGGAAGCCGCGGGCAGUCAAGAUGGAAAAGGACCCGUUGCGCUAAAAAGCAGCGCAAGCCCUCGCAUACAUUCAUUUCGAAUUGUAAGUGCUCAGGAUGCUACAACCGCCAACAUUACUAACACUACCACCACCGCCACCGACAAAAGCAGUGUGGAGUCAACGGAGUACGGAGCAUCGUAUAUCGAAGAACAACAACAGCAGCAGCAACAACGCCGAUACAGCAACAUCGACGAUAACGACACCGAUAACGAUAGCGACAGAAGUAACGGCAACCAUACAAUUCUAGAAAGAUCUUCCAAAAUACAGAAACCAAUAUUGAUGUGCUUUAUUUGCAAACUGUCAUUUGGUAACACAAAAUCGUUUAGCUCACACGCCAACACUGAGCAUCAACUGACAUUACAACCGAAAGAGCAGCAUUUAUUGAACCGCGAAUACUCGAGCGUCAUUAUACAGCCGCAAAAUAUGGACGAACGGCCGCAAAUAUCAUUCCUUGAGCCAAUUGAUGUACUCAAUGUUAUCAAAAAUGAUCAUUUGAAUUCUGAGACUGAUAUUCAAUUUAAAGAGGGUACAACGCAGGAGUUUUCUUGUAGACUAGAUAGUACGGUUGAUACUUCCAUGUCUGAGCAAGGGACGAUCACAGCACGUAUAAUCAGUGAAAAAUCUGACAAACCAGUGCCAACAUUGUCAAAUCCAAAUUCAUUAUCGCCAUCGACUUCAUCGUCACCAACUUCACCAGUGUCAUCAACCGUAGUACCAAUAACACAGACGGCAUUGUCACCGUCACAAAUAACAUCGACUACGUCGUCCACCGCAAACGAAUGUGUGAACAAGAGUCAAUUAUUGCUGGCAACCUCCUUUUCAAAAUGCAUGCUCCAGGAGCAGCGUAAUGAGGCCAACGAUAUACCAACAACAAGCACUAAAUUUGACGACAACAACGAUCAACAGCUGCAGCAAAAAAAACUAAAAGAAUCCAACGAAAUUACUGAGUCCAAAAUGCAUAAUGCAACGAUAUCACCAGGACUGAUUUCAUUGACGGAAAAGCAGUUACCAACUUCCCCACCCUUAUUACCAAAAACUGAAGCAGAAAAUAUGACGAAACCAGACGAGUCAUAUAGCAUGGACUCGAAAACUGUAAAAUUGCUAGCUUGUACAACGCCUACAAGUAAAAGUACCGCUUUGACCUGCGAUAUGGGCGGAAACAAAGAAUGCGUUCAGAAUGCAGUUGUUGUAGAAAGUGAUAAGUUGGUUCCAACAGAUACACUCGAAGAAACAGUCAGCUCUUUGCAGCAGCAGCAGGGAUAUAGUGCAACAAUAACAAGUAGCUCCUUUACGACUCCUUCUUUACCAGCAUUGGUUUCCAUGGCACCCACGGACGCUCAACUCAGCUGCUUACAUGCCUCUUUGGCGGCUCUGUCUGAUGACAGAAAUGUCAACUGUAGCUCAACAGAGGCACAAAAAACGAAUGCUAAAUUAUUCACCGACUUCUUGCAACAGCAUCUCAAUUUACAGCAACAGAAACCAUAUGGCGAUGUUAGUGGCAAUUGUCCAGAACAUGUCGACUACAAGGACGUCGACUGUAAGAACUGCGAAAUGCAACAAUUAAAGUCGCCCCAGUAUCACAGUUCAAACUAUCAGCUCACCAGCCAUCCCUCGCAACUCUCGCCCAGUCGCAAUAAUGGCAGUUGUACCAUCAGUGCAGUUAACAAAUCGCCUGCGAAUUUGGCCACAUCUCCGAACACCACAGCUGUCACUGUCUCGGCAGCGGCAGUAGCGGCCGCAGCAGCAAACCAGCAACAGAAUGCAGCUGCUGCUGUAGCAGUGGCGGCUGCAGCAGCAGCGGCGGUGGCGUCCGUGGCUGGCAAUACCUCAAGUUUCACUAUCGGGGCCUGUUCAGACCACAUCAACGGACGGCCAUUAGGCGUCGAAUGCGCACGGUGUGAAAUGAUAUUGAACUCAACGCGUCUCAAUACAGGCGUACAAAUGUCCACGCGCAAUUCUUGUAAAACAUUGAAAUGUCCACAAUGUAAUUGGCACUACAAAUAUCAGGAGACACUCGAGAUUCAUAUGCGUGAAAAGCAUCCGGAUGGUGAGAGUGCUUGUGGCUACUGUUUGUCCGGACAACAGCAUCCUCGUCUGGCACGUGGUGAGUCAUAUUCUUGCGGCUACAAACCGUAUCGCUGUGAAAUUUGUAAUUACUCGACAACGACAAAAGGCAAUCUCUCCAUUCAUAUGCAGUCCGACAAGCAUUUGAAUAAUAUGCAGGAGUUAAAUAGUUCACAGAGUAUGCUGGCAGCCGCCGUUGCCGCCGCUAGUAGUGGCAAGGCGGAUGUUGCAACCAAAAUGUUGCUAUCCAACAAUGUUGCUGCUACUCAACAGCAACAGCAAAAACACCAGCAACAGCAGUCGCAGCAAGCACUAACACAAGCUCAAUCCCAACAACCGCAAUCGACGCUUGUUGGUAGUUCGUCAAUGGUCAGCAAUGGUAGUCCUGCUGUCAGCGUUAGCGGUCGUGCCAGCGUCGAUGGUGGUAUGGGCAGUAAUUGCAACAUGCUCAAUAAAAAUAAGCCGUCCUUUCGUUGUGACAUUUGCAGUUAUGAAACAUCGGUGGCACGCAAUCUGCGCAUACACAUGACUAGCGAGAAGCAUACGCACAACAUGGCCGCACUGCAAAAUAAUAUCAAACACAUACAAGCAUACAGCUUCUUGCAGCAGCAUCAGCAAGCCGUUGUUGCACAUCAGCAACAACAAUUGGCGGCAGCAGCAACACAGACGUCACAAACGCAAUUACCAGCGAUAGCCAGCGGUUUAGCUAACAGUUUUCUGCCAGAAAUGGCGUUAGCCGAUUUAGCUUAUAAUCAAGCGCUUAUGAUACAAUUGCUGCAGCACAACACUAUUAGUCAACAACACCAACAGCAGCAACGUGAAGCUGUUGCCCAAAUGCAGUUGAAAACCUCACCAUGUUCCUCACCACGUUCAAUGCAAAUCGAACAGCAAACCACAAUGCAACAGCACCAGCAGCAACAGCAACUGCAACUGCAACUGCAGCAAUUGCGUCAACAAUUGCAGCAAUCCUAUUCACCGAACAGUAAUUCAUCAACAUUACUACUUGCGGCGGAUGCGUACGGCACCAGCGAUGUAAAUUCGUCUUCUAACGUUAGUGGCAGCUUCAGCAACGACGAAACGUUGGAACCACCCAUACACGCCGACCCAUGUCCCACAAGUCUCUACACUUGCCUUGUAUGUGAUGUCUUCAGCACAAAUAGUUUGGACGAAUUGAAUCAACAUUUGCUGAUUGAUCGCUCGCGUAGCUGUAACAAGUCAGCAGCAACAAAUGCAGUCGCCAGCAGUAGUUCGGAGAAUUCCAAUGUCGCCAAUACAACCAGUAACACAGAUAUAAUGGUUAUCUUAAACAACAACUACAUUUGUCGUUUAUGCAACUACAAGACUAAUCUGAAGGCGAACUUUCAGCUGCACAGCAAAACGGACAAACAUCUGCAGAAAUUGAAUUAUAUCAAUCAUAUACGCGAAGGCGGCGCACAUAAUGAAUACAAGCUGAAAUAUUUGCAGCUAGCCGCCAACACUGUGCAACUGAAAUGCAACAGUUGUGAUUUCUACACAAAUUCCAUCCAAAAGCUGUCGUUGCACACACAGCAUAUGCGUCACGACACAAUGCGUAUGAUCUUCCAUCAUCUAUUACAUAUUAUGGAACAGCAUAAUUUCGAGCGUAGCAAAAUCGUACAUCAGCAGCUGAAAGAACAACUGACAACACACGCAAAAACGCACUCGCUUAAAGAUGCAAAUGAAGGAGGGAGUGACACCAACCCCAGUAGCAACAUUGUGGCGGACGACAUGCCGCAGUCGGUGCAAAAGUGUUUGACCUGUCAAUUGUGUGAUUUCAGUACUUUCACGUUGCUCAAUAUGAUCCAGCACGUGAAGAGCAUGCGUCACAUGCAGAUAGAACAGUUUGUAAGUCUACAACGACGCAGCGAACAACUUGACCCACCUAGUCUGGAUGACAUUUUCAAGGUAGUCGAACGACCUGUACUGAUGCCUUCGGCGCUAACAGAUGCUGCAACGCAAGAAGAAAACAACCGAAUGAAGAAUGUCUGCACUACCACAAUCCCCAGCUAUUUUCCUGCGCCCCUGGCUCGUUUACCAACCGACGAUCUUGGCUGCAUUACAUCUAAUAGAGAACAAAAUUCCUUUUCACCAUCUUCGAACUCCUCAACUGCUUCAGGCAACACCAGUGUACGGAGUAAAAAUUAUCAGGGAGUCAAUAUGUUUAACUUUCAAAGUACGGGCGAUGACCAAGAUGUUUCAUCGUCAGACUUGACGGGCGGUAGUGCUGCCAUUAUGCCGCCAGUUGUAUUCAAAUGCAACAAUUGUGAUUUUUUCGCACAGUCCAAAACUGAAAUGGAACAACAUCUAAGUGCGGUACAUCCACACACUGAGCCAGACUACAUUAGCAUCCCAACGAACUCUGCGGCCAUACAAGCAUUUCAAGCGGCUGUAGCGGCAGCAACAGCAGCGGCCGCCUCUGCAGUGAUUGCUACCCGUGAGCCUAGUAACAAAUCUUAUGCAGAAAAUGACGCUAUGAAUGAUGACUGUCCAACAACAAUUAAAAGAGAGCGUAUACGUAUGCAAGAAGAUGAGGAGACCGACAAGUCCGGCGACAUGCAAAGUACAAUAUCGCUGCAGGAUGUGUCGAUGAUGACACCUUGGCUCCCAACAACAGCGAACACAAUGAGUAAUACCGAAACACCAGCAGAUUUGGUUGAAAUCAAACCAAUGCAUAAUGUAUUGCGUGAGUUAGAAAAAAAGGAGCAAAGGGUGCAGAAAGAACAGCCAAUUGAAGAUACAAGUAAAGACAACGCAUUAGUAGAAGGUAGCAAAAAAUAUGUGGGUGAAACAAACAAUGUGCAAUGUCCACUCUGUACGGAUACAUUUGAUCGCAAACAAAAUCUGGAAACUCACUUGAUGAAUAUACAUAGUGUGAAUCGUGAUGGUUUGUCACGUCUCCUACAAUUGGUAGACACUAGCGUUUGGCAUGCGACCACCACAACAACACCUACUGUAGUUAAAGACUGUAAGGGCCCAAAUAUCGAGACAACAACUCAACAAACUACUACGGAUAAUAUGAAUAUUAAAGACGCCCAAGAAUUAGACUUAUCGCUAAUGGAGGUUUCAAAUGAUCUACCUUUGAAUCUCAAUGCUGCUCAUACCACAUACCAAGAAUCGGCAAACAAUAAUAAAUUGUCGUGUGAAAAAUGUGGUGCAAAAUUCAAGCAUGAACAACAAUUGUUGCAGCAUGCGCUAAAAAUGCAACAUUUUCUAAUCUUGCCAAAUGGCGAUCAUCGUUGUUUGGCUGCUAGUCAUCCUAGCCGUUCUUGCCAUUCGAUAUUUCCCACACACGCCGCAAUGGUCGUCCAUUAUAAAAACACUCAUAUUAGCCUAGUGAUAUCCGAGCGUCAUGUGUAUAAAUAUCGUUGUAAACAUUGUUCACUUGCAUUUAAAACUCAAGAAAAACUAUCGACCCACUUGCUGUAUCACACCAUGCGAGAAGCCACCAAAUGUUCGCUAUGCCAACGAAAUUUUCGUACGACUCAAGCGCUACAAAAGCACAUUGAUCAAACACAUCACAGUAGCGAGGAUCAGCAUGCUGGCGGCAUAAGCUCACCGACAACAAGCAACUUCGGCGGCCGUGGAUCGCCAGCCUUGCAGUUGAGUCACGUGCAAAACAAAGCACAAUUAGCUGAUGUUAUGCCGGACAAUUCAGCUAAAAACGCAGACAGCAAUGUCCGUGAAUCACCACCUACAACACCAAAAACAAAUGAAUCACCGCAAGUAGCGUCUUCCCCAUUACCAACUAACUUAUUGCAAGACCAGCAGCAGCAACAACAACAUGUUGCUGCUUUUACUGCUGCGUUAUUAAAUCAGUCAACACCACCACAACAACAACAACAUAUCAGCGGCGAUGAAUUAUCAGAGAGCGGUGGCAUAACAUCAGAACACCUCAUACAGCAUUUGCAAAUGAAACCACGUGGCUCGCUCUUAACACAAAAAUAUCUACAACAACAGAAUCUGCAAAACCUGCAACAAUUGCCUGGAGCAGCAGCUGCAUCUGGCUUGCAAUUAAAUCCGGUUGAGAUGUUUAAUUUAAUGCAGUUCCAUCACAUUAUGUCCAUGAACUUUAUGAAUCUUGCACCGCCGCUUAUAUUUGGGGUCGGCGCUAAUGUGAGCUCUAGUGGCAAUGUGGAUUUGUUAACACCCACGCACACACCUAAACUUGCACACAAUCCAAGCGCCAAUGCACUGCUAUGUGGCAGCGAAUUAUCGGUACCAGGCACACCAGUGCCAGUGGCGCCCACAACCGACCUCAUUGGUACAUUGCAACAACAGCAACAGCCGCAACCGCAACAAUCCGCAUCAACAAGUAGCGCUCAGAUGGCCAGUAAUCAAAAGCGUGCACGGACGCGUAUCACUGACGAACAGCUGAAAAUACUCCGUGCCCAUUUCGAUAUCAAUAAUUCGCCAAGUGAAGAAAGUAUUACGGAAAUGUCACAAAAAGCGAAUUUGCCAAUGAAGGUCGUCAAGCAUUGGUUUCGGAAUACGCUAUUUAAAGAACGCCAGAGGAACAAAGAUUCGCCAUACAACUUUAAUAAUCCACCAUCUACAACACUAAAUUUGGAAGAAUACGAACGCACUGGGCAAACUAAAGUAACACCACUGAACGAGGAUUUACAUUUGGCUACGUUCAAUGCCAUGCAGCAACAACCAAAGCAAAAUAUGCAUGAAUGUAAUUCGCAAAAUAAUACAAAUGAGAAACCAAUCACAACACCAGAAAUAUGUGGCGAUUCUACUUUAUUGAUUGAAAUAAAAACAGAGCCUUUCGGUGAUAACGUUGAACCACACAUUACAAUACCGCAGAGUCUACAUCGUCAAAAUGAACUGCAGCAACACCAGCAACAAAAGCAGCUAGAACAGCAUAAACAAGAUGAGAAGCAUUUAUUGAGCACGGCAUCGGUGCUGCUGCAUCAUAAGCGACAACAACAUUUAAGCGCAAUGUCAACGACAGAACACCAACAACAAGUUGCUGAAGUGCCAGAAACUACAGCCACUGCAUUACAACAGCAACAACAUCAACAGCAACAACAAUUGCAUGGCCAAUCAAGUCAGAAUAUUCAUCAGCAACAACAGCAUAUCAACCUAUACAGCUAUGAAACAAAGUCAGAAAGCGGCAGCUCGGAUAUCCUCUCCAGACCUCAAUCACCCAACAACAGUUCCACAGUUGUGCCAACUCACUAUGCCAGCAUUAAUGAGUUAUUGCAUCAACAAUUGGACAAUUUGCCCCUCAGCCAAAAUCUUACCAAUAUCAAUGUUGCCAACAUGCACGGCAACAACAUGGGUCCGCCGAAAAAUUUCCAAGCUAACAAAUCAUUCGAUAAGAAUUCGCCAUCUUCACAGUUUGACACAAAUUCCAAUUCAUCGAAUGCAUCGUCCACAUCGAGCGGGAAACGCGCCAAUCGCACACGCUUUACGGACUACCAAAUUAAGGUACUACAGGAAUUCUUUGAGAAUAACUCCUAUCCAAAGGAUAGUGAUUUGGAGUAUUUAAGCAAGCUAUUAUUGCUUUCCCCACGAGUUAUUGUUGUCUGGUUUCAGAAUGCACGCCAAAAACAGCGUAAGAUUUAUGAGAAUCAACCGAAUAAUUCAAUUUACGAAACUGAGGAGAAAAAACACAAUAUCAACUAUGCCUGCAAGAAGUGUAAUAUGGCGUUUCAGCGCUACUACGAAUUGAUACGCCAUCAAAAGAAUCAUUGUUUCAAAGAAGAAAACAACAAAAAGUCGGCAAAGGCACAAAUCGCAGCAGCACAAAUCGCACAAAAUCUCAGCUCGGAAGACUCCAACUCCUCGAUGGACAUAAAUAAUAGCGCUGCGUUUCAAUUACAGCAACAACAUGCUUCCGCUGCUGCAACAACAGCAGUCAAAGUUUCCAGCACAUCACCCGGCGUCGUAGCUGCGGGCAUGAAUUUACACUGCAAUACAUCGCCACAGCAUUUAUUUGGUAAAUCGUCAAUGUCCAUGACCGAUUUUAGUCCAUCCACCACGCCCACACCGCCACAAACCCAACGUGAACGUAGUGAUAGCAAUGAAUUACUGUCGCAAAGUCAAGCGCAGAAGUCCAAGUUCGAAUGCGACAAAUGCAAACUACAAUUCAACUACUAUGAGCAUUUCCGCGAGCAUCAGUUGUUGCACCUAAUGAAUCCCAGCUUAUUUACUACACAAAUUGCGAACAUACCCGAGGCAUAUGGUUCAUUUGGUAGCAUAUUGCAGAGCUUACAACAAGUGGCAGCUGCCAGUGCCACGCAACAGCAGCAACAACAGUUCCUAGAACAGCAAGGCCAACCGCCAGCAAAGAAACGUAAAUGCUCGGAAACAUCUUCAAUAGCGGACGAUGUCUCUUCAGUGGGUGGCACCGGUGAUGGUGACAUCAUCAACCAUGUAUCAUCUAUGUUGCCAAACAACAAAAAAUACGAAUUUUUGUACCAGUAUUUCAUGCAAAACGAGAGCAACAAUGAGUUGAAGCAACAAUUUCACGCACAGCAGCAACAGUCACACGAGCCGGAGCUGGAAAUGGAGUAUUUAACAAAUUUUUACAAUCAAUGUGAGUUGCGUAAACGUAGCAGUUAUGAUUUCUUGUAUCAAUAUUAUCAAAAAAAUGAGUGCACACCGCAAAUGGGUGCUUUAGCCGCACAAACGGGAUUUUUCGGCGCAGAGAAUAAGCCAAAUAUCGAUGUACUACUGCAGUACUAUCAACUGAAUGAAUCGAAAAAGUUUUUUCAGUUAGAUGCCUCGAACCCAGAAAUAAAUGAUCACACGACAGCGUCGCCAACAUCGACAUCACAAUACCAACAUGGAAAUAAUCCGACAACAAUUGCGCAUAGUGAACACACAGGUACCAUGCCUGGUGUGGAACAGUAUGACAUGAGCGAUAUGAGUUUGAAGAAGAACUGUCUGGAUGCGCUUAAUUUUCCAGAUUGCGAUAAUGAUAACAACGAAACGCGCAGCAAUGGUUGUGGUAUGGAUGUUGACGACGCUGAAAUUUACACUGAUAACGAUGAACAUAAUAAUGACAAUAAUCGCACGAAAUCUAACGAAAUCUACGCACACAAAAGCCCUGCGAAGUGUAGAAAAGUUAAUGAAAAUGAGCAGAAUGCACAACAACUGACUGCCAGUACGCUUGAAGCUGUGCAAAAAUUCAAAAUGAAUGAAAUCAAUGAAUUCACUAGCAGUUUGCAAACACAACUUUCCUACUGCGCUGAACAACAGAAUUUCAAGGAUUUAAGCAAAUCUAUGACCACAUGCGAGAAAAUGCAUAAGCAUAAAGCACCACUCAAUAAACAGAAAUCAACAACAGCGACCAGCAACUUUGGCAGCGCCUACAUUGACAAUUUAAGCGAUUUUCUGCACGUCAACCAAAAGUCGGAAGCAAAAGGGAAAAUGAAACAGCAACAGCAUUAUAAAGAAUUACAACAAGCACCAAAUGAAACAGACGCUUGUGUGAAUAAUGGACCAACAAUCGAUAAAUUAAAAAUAACAGAAACGCCAUUAUCAUCACCGAAUUCAACGACAAAUUCAAAUAACACUACCGCAACAAAAACAUUUACUGGCAUUAACGAGAAACAGCAAAGCAAACGUUUACGCACUACAAUACUGCCGGAGCAAUUGAAUUUUCUCUAUGAAUGCUAUCAAAAUGAAUCGAAUCCAAGUCGCAAAAUGCUUGAGGAGAUCGCAAAGAAAGUGAAUCUCAAAAAACGGGUUGUACAAGUUUGGUUCCAAAACUCACGUGCCAAAGAUAAAAAGUCACGCAAUCAACGCUUUACCGCCAUAUCCGAAGACAGUAACUACGAGGACGCUUCGCAAAAUAAUAGAGAAUACGGUUUGUUGCAAAAGAAUGCGUUGAAAUCUACUAAAAUGCACGGCAGCAAGGGCAACAUGAAUUUAUUAGCUGAUGCUAAUAUAAGUAUUAAUACCAACACUGGCAUGGAAGUUGGGGACUCCAACUUAUGCCAACUGCCGCAAGUUAAUCUGCAGCAACAUGCCUUAUCCAUUCAGCACAUAUGUAAAGUGAAGAAGCUAUUGGAGCAGAGCACAGUUGAUGGCAAACCAAAUAUCGAGACGGAAGAUGAUAAAUAUAGCAAUAAACAAAUUAGUAAUGCCGUUGUUAAUGUAUGUAAAGAUGUCACAAGUGUUGCACAGGCUGGUAAUUUGAAGACGCAUGUGGUUACCGAUAUUGCCGACAGCGAUAGACUUGGCACAUUUACAAGAAUCUAUAAGGAACUGAAGCUACAAAACACAAUGAAACAAGUCAUCGAUUAUACAUGUAAUAAUCAAGGUAAUGAACUAAAGGAAUGGCACGAAUUAAGCAAUAUGCAUGAUGAAGCAGAUGGCGAAACAACAAAAAACAACGAUGCAAAACGAUUUAAAGUGCAACGACAGCAACAAGCUUCUGCACAAACUGCAGCAAAAAACUAUGAUGGACCUGCAAGUGUUGAUGUUAUUAAUAUGGCAAACAAUGCGACCGAGCAGGUUGACAGCAUGCCUAACAGCAACGGUAACGAAAAUGGUAGUCAAUGUGUGCUGGCACAAGAUUAUCAGCAUUUUAAGAAACUCAACAAUAUUGCCAAUCACAAAGUAAUGACAGCGCAAUAUAAUAUUAACGACAGCAAAAGUGCCAAUUUUUUUUCAAAUGCACCGCUGGCAACCAGUAUUACUGAUGACGAUGAUGAUAAUUAUAUGGACGAAUAUAAAGAUAGCAAUGGUGGGAAUACGGUAGAGCAUACUGAGGUCAUACAAAACCCAUCGACAAGAAAUGAAACAACAACAGCGAACAGCAACAGUAGCAGCUCAUCUUCAACAUUAACAACCCAUUCGCAUUUAACAAAUGCUCAUACUAAAGAUAUUAUCCAGCAAUUAUUUAAAUGUAAUGAAAUAACUGAAUGUUCCGGAAAUGAGUUAGGCAAGUAUCGAACCUCUCAAGUAUCGAAACCCUAGAAGAACAGCAUGGGAAAAAUUUACUAGUAUAGCAACAAAGAGCCUCGAUAAAGGAGGGAAUAUUAACAUCAAAACUCCUCAAGAACUCGAAUAACAACUUUCAACAAAUCCACACCGCUAACGGUUUUGAAAAAGAGAAAGUCUCCUCCUUGGUGGAAUAGUGAUCUUAAGAACCUGAGAACACACUUCAACGAAAGUUUCAAAGCCAAAAUCUGGCAACCCUACAAGGAUGUCUUAAAGAAAUACAAAAAAGCAGUCAGAAAAGCAAAAACUGACGCAUGGCGUUCUUUCUGCACAUCGAUAGAAAGUUGCAAAGAAUCCGCUAGACUAAGUAAAAUACUAUCCAAAGAACACAGCAAUAUUGCCUACAUAAAGGCGGAUGGAAAUGCGUGGACCUCCUCUGCAAAAGAAUGGAGGUUCUCAUUAAAACGCAUUUCCCAGGGAGUCAGCAAACGGCAAUAACGGAGGUUCAUCCAGAUCCACCCGCAAAAGCAGCUGACUACCAAGGCCUGAUAGUAAACAGAAGGAAAAUAAAAUACGCUAUAAAUAGUUUCUCACCAUUCAAAGCGGCAGGUCCAGACGGGAUUAUGCCAAUAAUGCUGCAAAAACUGGAAGAACCAAUAAGUCAAAAGCUUGAAAACAUAUACAAGGCAAGUAUUCAACUGUCUUACAUCCCAAGAAGUUGGAAAAGAACUAAAGUGGUGUUCCUACCAAAACCAGGCAGAAGAACACAUGAAAAUGCUAAGGAUUUUAGACCCAUAAGCCUCACAUCCUUCAUGCUUAAGGUACUAGAAAGGCUAAUGGAUAUACAUAUAAGAUCAAGCAUGGAAGGAAAGUUAUCCAAGUCCCAACAUACAUACAUAAAAGGUCGAUCGACCGAAACUGCCCUUCAUGAGGUGAUAAACGUAAUUGAAAAAUCACUACAUUACAAACAAUAUACUAUGGCUGCAUUUCUCGAUAUAGAGGGAGCCUUUAAUAACAUAGAAGUAAGCACGAUCAUUAAUUCUUUGACGCAUGGCGGUAUAGAAGAUACGGUGUGCAGGUGGAUUCAAUCAAUGCUUAGAAAUAGGAAAAUAAUAGCAUCAAAUGGCGCUACAUCACAAAUAAGUCAUGUGAGUAGAGGGACUCCUCAAGGAGGGGUCCUCUUCCCGCUCCUAUGGGUUGUAGCACUGAACGAAAUACUCCUCCAACUUAAUGGCGGAGGGGUGAAAGCAGUAGCAUAUGUAGACGAUAUAGUGUUGUUGGUAUCAGGAAUGUUUCCAUCAACAGUCAGCGAGAUUAUGGAAAGAGCACUACGCAGGCUAAACAUAUGGGCUACAAACAAUGGACUAGGUGUUAACCCUAAUAAAACAGAACUGAUGCUUUUCACAAGCAAAACCAAGAUUCCCCAGUUUCAUCUUCCAGUACUAAAUGGUACAACGCUCUCACUGUCUCCCACAGCUAAAUGCUUAGGAGUGGAGAUUGACACCAAACUGAACUGGAAAAUGAACAUUGAAAAAAGAACAAAAAAAGCCUGGAACCAGAAGAACUAUGGACAUAGUGAUAUUCUAAACCAACUCAGAACACAAGUCUAUAAAUCAGACUAUAUUCUCCCAAAGCUGGAUUUCAAUAGUAACUUCCAGGUGAGGAUACCCUCUAGACGAGAAUGGAGAAGGGGAAGAAUAGAGGAGGAAGAUACCAUCUCAGUAUAUACCGACGGGUCCAAAAUGGACUGCGGGGUAGGCACGGGAGUAUUUUCCGAUGAUCUAGACAUUUCUCUCUCUAUCCGUUUACCAAACUCGGCUAGUAUCUUCCAAGCGGAAGUACUAGGCAUUGAAAAGGCCUGUGAAGCUCUAUUGGAAAACUAUGAGAGGAUACAUAAAGCAACAAUAUAUACGGAUAGCCAAGCGGCUCUCCUGGCAUUGUCGUCACCCGUGACUAAUAAAUAAUUGUCCUAAAUUGCAAGAAGGCGCUGAAGUCGCUAGAAGACAAGCUCAUCCUAGACUUGGUAUGGGUUCCCGGCCACAGGAACAUUUUCGGCAACGAAAAAGCAGACGAACUGGCAAAGACAGGGGCUUGUCUGAACGAAUCGGAGACCGAAUUAAUACCAAGCCCGCUAGGCAAACAAUUAGCAAAUAACAGAUGGGAAAAUA